AUGAAGCUGCAGACUAUCACCACUCUUGCCCUUUCGGGUCUUGCUGCUGCUCAGAGCCGUCCCAACCUUACUGCGGCUAUUGAAUCUGAGAACUCUACUCUCUCCUCGCUUGGUGCUCUUGUCGCCGCUCAGCCAAGCCUUCUUCGAGACCUUGGCCGUCUUCGAAAUGUUACUAUCUUGGCCCCAAGCAACGAUGCCCUCGAGGAGCUCCUCAAGGAUACCACCGUCGCUCGCAUGGUCGAUGACAACCCCAGCUUUGUCGCCAACCUUCUGUCGUACCAUAUCCUAAACGGCACCUACUAUGCCAGCAACAUCACCGACAUGGACGCACCUGCCUUCGUUCCUACCCACCUGACUAACUCGACAUAUGCCAAUGUCACUGGCGGACAGCGCGUCGAGGUCAUGGCCAUGAACGAUACUGUCAGCUUCUACAGUGGAUUCCGUGCUCAGUCCAAUGUCACCAAGGCUGACCUCAACUUCACUGGAGGUGUCAUUCAUAUCAUCAACCGUGUUCUCAGCAUCCCCCAGAACAUCUCUGAUACUGCCGUCGCUGCCAACCUUUCCGCCGCUGCUGGCGCCCUCACAGAAGCCAAUGUUGUGACCAACCUCAGCAACGAGAGAAACGUUACUGUCUUUGUUCCCAACAACAGCGCCUUUGCCAAGGUCGGUUCUGUCCUCGCCAAUGCCAGCGAGAGUGAUGUUGCCGACAUCCUUGCGUACCACGUCGUCAACGACACUCUUGGCUACAGCAGCGACCUCAAAAACGGUACCCUCACUGCUUCCGAUGGCACCAAACUCAACAUUGCCAUCUACAACGGCACUGUCUUUGUCAACGAGGCCAAGGUCAUCGUCCCAGAUGUCCUCAUCGCCAACGGUGUUGUCCACGUUAUCGAUGCUGUUCUCAAUCCCGAAAAGUCUUCUGCUACCGCCAACCCUACUGCUAGCACGCAAGAGGCUGCCUUCUCUGGCGCCAGCUCUGUCAGCGACGUUCCCUUCACCUCUGGUAUUCCCGCGGGUACCGCUCAAGCCACUGGUCUGACUCCCUCCACCUCAACCGAAGGUGCCGCUCAGGCUACCGCUGCCAUCGCUCUCGGUGCGCUGUUUGGUGGUGCUGCUCUCAUGAUGAAUGCUUAA